AAAAUAGCCGAAAUGAAAAAAUAGUGUUUGCUGCCAAGGCAACAGAUGGCGGUUAGUGCAACUGGUUCCGUUCAUUAUAAAAAUUAUUUAGUCAACAGAAACACGAAUUUAGGUGUUAGAGAAGUGGCCUUAACGUGUUUCCCAAACAAAUAAAAUUCAGUAAUUAGCGUGUAGUUAAUUUUUUUUUUAAAAUAAAAUAAUUAAUAGGUAUGGAGAGCGAUUAUAAAUCUGAUCCUGAAACUACAAAAGAGGAAAAAGGAAAUAAUUACGAAAAAGAGCUAAAAACUGAACUAGACCUGACAGAAACAAAAUGCGGUAUCGGUUGCUUUUAUCCCGGAUGGUUGCAAUUUUUAGCCAGCAAGAAAGUAUUCGUUAUAAUUUAUUCUUUAGCUGGCAUGCAACAAGUCAUGAUGAGCUCGUAUCAUGUUGGAACCUCGAGUACUGUGGAGAAAAAUUUCAAUAUGUCAAGCAGAAUGAUCGGAAUGAUUUCUGCAGCUAGUCACGUCAGUAACGUAAUUGCAAAUUUGGCGUUGACUUAUAUCGCGGGCAAAGGUCAUCGCACUCGAUGGGUUGCUUUUGCAAUGUUGGCAAUUUCUACUUCUUGUUUUAUCAGAACCGUUCCUUAUCUUAUUUUCGGAGGAGGAGAAAAUAUCAAGCUAUAUACUAAGGAGUACGAAGCUUUAGCUAACGUGACCCAUCCGUAUUUGGAAAAUGAUAUUGGAAACACAACUGGAAUUACUUAUUUACACACCAAUGUCAACUGCAAACAAAACGAAGACGCGAGUUUUCCAGACAGGAUGUCAUUUUAUACGUUUCUUUGCGCCCAGCUUAUCGUGGGAAUAGGUUCGUCGAUGUACUGGACAUUGGGAAGUGUUUAUUUGGAUGAUAACGUUCGUAAAAAUGUGGUUCCAGUUCUACUAGCAUUUGCACAAGCAAUAACAUUAUUAGGACCUACGAUUGGUUUUGUAAUUUCAUCUUUCACGUUGAAGAUUUAUGUCAACCCUAGCUUGACUCCAACGAUCACUCAUCGCGAUCCUAGAUGGAUUGGUGCUUGGUGGAUGGGUUGGUAUCCAAUUGGAAUAUUUGGUUUAGUAUGCGCAUCUGCCUUAUCCUUAUUUCCAAAAACAUUACCAAGGGCUGCAUUGAGAAAACUUGGGAGCCCUUCUAAUCCUAAAAGUGAUCAGAUAUCAUUUUCAGAUUUCAAAAAUGUCAUGAAAAGGAUUUGCAAAAAUAAAAUCGUCAUGUUCAAUUCCUUCAGCUCAGUGAGUUUCUUUUUAGGGACUUUAGCUUUUUGGACAUUUAUGCCUAAAUAUAUGGAAUCCCAGUUCAGAUUUACUGCAUCACAAUCUAGUCUUUUAACAGGUUCAGUAAGUAUUUUGACAAACGCUGUGGGUAUUGUGACCGCCGGUUUGAUAAUUACUAAAUUUAAACCAUCGGCGAGAAUUCUAGCAGGUUGGAAUGUAGUUGUUGAAUUUCUCGAUGUCUUAGGUCGUAUCGCAUUAAUAUUUUUGAGUUGCGAAGAACCGAAAUAUCACGGGCAUUGGAAUACUAAUAACAGCUGGAACUUGACAGAAAAUUGUAAUGAGAAGUUCAAUUGUGGAAGUGAUAUUCAAUAUGCUCCAGUAUGUGAUACAUCUCGUGAUCUCGUAUUCUAUUCGUCGUGCCAUGCUGGAUGUUCCUCAUCUUCAAUGCUGAAUGGUACAAAAAUAUACAAUGAUUGUAAUUGUGUUCCUGAUCCGAAUGCGAUAGUAAAAGAUGGAAUGUGUCCGGUGGAUUGUUCCACGAGGAUUGCAUUGCUUUUUGUAAUGAUGUUAAUUUUAGGUUUAACAUCGGCCACAGGAAGGUCGGCUAAUACGUUGAUACAGUUUAGAUCUGUUGACGAGAAAGAUAAAUCAAUGGCACUUGGAUUCACUAGCACAUUGUUAAAUUUAUUCGCAUUUAUGCCAGCACCAAUUCUAUAUGGGAUGAUCAUGGAUUGGACUUGCAUAGUCUGGGGAGACCACUGCGGAUCCAGAGGAAAUUGCUGGAUUUACGACAGCACGAAGUUACGACUUGGUUUCAAUUUGACUUCUGCAGGAUUCAUGUUUGUGGGAACCAUUCUGGAUUGUUUUGUGUGGUAUUACGUUAAAGGAUUAAGAAUUUACGACGAAGAUUUCGAGGAAGAUUCAAAAAAUACCGCAACGACCGAUCAGAUUCUGGAGAAAAAAAUCAAAAAAAACGACAAACUUGAAAAUAAUGUCGAGUUAUCUCUUAUGUUUACAAAUGAUGAUGCUUUAAAAAAGCUUGACUCGUAGAAAUAAUAGGUAAUAAUAAUAAUAUCACCAUGUUAAAAAAACAAUUAGGAUUUGGGGAAAUACCUGAUUAGUCAUACAGGUAAUGUAUUUACCUAUAGGUACCUCUGAGUAUAAUUUUUAUAACGGCUCUUCGUGUAACUUCUGAACUUUAUUCUACCAAACCUAUAAUGAAAAUAGGUAAAACUACGUCAUAAACGCUUCAUUAAGGUGUUUAUAAUAUAACCACGCUUCAGCAAAGCUUCGACGACCGAAUAAUUCGUUUCGUUAAAAUUUUUCAGUGUUGCACAUAAAUUGAUUGAGCAAUUAAAAAAAUAUUAUUCAACCAUGAAAUGAUAAUGUUAAUACCUACAUGAAAGAUUGAAACCACCAUUGUUAAUUUCUCAUCGCCUUACAGAUAAGCUGAUGUGAUUAGCUCUUUCAUUUCAUUCAUUAUCAUCGUUAGUUGUUCAGGUUUCAGAAUUUCAAAAAAUUCAAAAAAAAAAAUUUGUAGAAAACUUUGUAUUUUUAAAAUUAAUCUGCGAUAUUCUCAACAAUUUUAUUCUUAGCAUCCUCAUUGUGAGAAGUUCCUUGAAAGAAACUGCAGAUUUCAUUUAUUCAACUUUCAAUAGGUACUUAUCUAAUGUGUUAUAAAGAUCUCAUCUGUAAAAUAUACCUUUAAGCAAUUUGAUUUUCAAGAGCAUGAAAAUUCUCUAUCGAGUUCCAAAUUCAUUGUAUGAGCUAGUUUAUAAUAUUUUUAGCUGUCAGAUAUUUAUUGAAUCGUUCGCUUUUUUUAAUUUUAAGAAAAAAAUUAUAGAUCAUAAAUUUUUUUUACCAAA